AUGUCACCUCUUUUGGAUAUCACUUUUUGUCCAAAAAUUCUCAUGUUACAGAACUUUUUUGCACCAGCGCUACAGGAUUUCGAAGGUUUUAAUCAACGAUCGUGGUUUCAGCAAGAUGGGGCAACAUGCCACACUUCCAACGACUCAUUAAGUGCUGUUCGCAAAAUUUUUGGACAAAAAGUGAUAUCCAAAAGAGGUGACAUUAACUGGCCACCUCGUAGCCCGGACUUAUCCCCAUUGGACUUCUUUCUUUGGGGAUACCUUAAAAGUAAAGUUUUCAACAGCAACCCAGUGUCCCUGGAGGAAUUAAAGGAAAAUAUUCGAGAGGAAAUGCGAAACAUUUCACGAAACACUUGUCAAGCCGUCAUUGAAAAUUUCCGCUCCAGGUUGCAGCAGUGUCAAAAUAGUCAAGGAUCACAUAUGGACGAUGUUAUGUUUAAGAAAUAA